UGUCCCUCCUGCAGUGUCCCCGGCAAUGUCCUCCAGCCGAUGCUGGCAUCCGUCUUCUGGGUUCCGUUCCCUGCGACGUCAGGACGUACUGGGGGGACGAAACUGGCGGGAAAUUUUAACAUUUUAAAAGUGACAUUCACUAAAUUCACUAAAAUCACAUAGUAAAACAUUACUGUAUCAAACCAUUUCACAUACAUUUUGUCCCGAGUGCUUUGUCCUGUGCCCUGCCUGCAUUUUACUGUUCUUUCUGCCUUGAAACUGAGAAAUGUCCAUGGUGUCCAAAAAGCGUCCCUUUAGGUCAAAAGCAGUUUUAGACCAGCUAGAGAACAGCGAUAGUAAAUCAGAACCACUUGCAGAACUGAGUAAUAAUGAUUCGUGGGGAAAUUCGUCAUCAGACACUGA